AUGUCAAGAAACUACAGAAGAACAAGCACAACCCCACGUCGUCCUUUCGAAAAGGCCAGAAUCGAAAGUGAACUCAAGGUCAUUGGUGAAUUCGGUUUGAAGAACAAGAAUGAAGUCUGGAGAGUCCAACUUGCCCUCGCCAAGAUCCGUAAGUCUGCUCGUGAGCUCCUCAUUCUCCACGAAAAGGAACCAAAGCGUAUCUUCCAAGGUGCUGCUCUUCUCCGUCGUCUCCACAAGAUUGGUGUCAUGGAUGAAUCCAAGAACAAGCUCGAUUAUGUUCUCGGUCUCAAGGUCCAAGAUUUCAUGGAACGUCGUCUCCAAACCUUAGUCUUCAAGCAAGGUUUGGCCAAGUCCAUCCAUCACGCUCGUGUCCUCAUCAAGGGUAGACACAUCCGUGUUGGUAAGCAAUUGGUCAACGUCCCAUCAUACAUGGUCCGUGUCGACUCUGAAAAGCACAUCGGUAUGAACCCACGUUCUCCAUUCGCUGGUGGCAAGCCAGGUCGUAACGCCCGUAAGGCCCUCAGAAACAAGUCCUCCAAGCCAGCUGAGGAAGAAGAAAACUAA